CCGGCCCGCGGCGCACCUGCCCCCGCCCUGCGCGGCUUCCCGGGGACGUGGUGAGUCCGGGGGCUGCAGCGCUGGGGCGAGCCCCGGGGCCCGGAGCCGACGGGCCAGGAGCCGCAGGCAUGGGCCCGGAGCUGCCUGCACCUUGGCUGCUGCUCGUCGCCGGGCUCCCAGCAGGGUGCCUGUCCUUGCUGGUGACAGUCCAGCACACGGAGCGCUACGUCACCCUGUUUGCCUCCAUCGUCCUCAAAUGUGACUACACCACCUCUGCCCAGCUCCAGGAUGUCGUGGUGACCUGGCGCUUCAAGUCCUUCUGCAAGGACCCCAUCUUUGACUACUACUCCGCAUCAUACCAGGCAGCCUUAUCCCUGGGCCAGGACCCAUCCAAUGACUGCAACGACAGCCAGCGGGAGGUUCGCAUCGUGGCUCAGAGGCGGGGGCAGAAUGAGCCUGUGCUGGGGGUGGAUUACCGGCAGCGCAAGAUCACCAUCCAGAACCGAGCAGAUCUGGUAAUUAAUGAAGUGAUGUGGUGGGACCAUGGAGUGUAUUAUUGCACCAUUGAGGCUCCAGGGGACACAUCAGGAGACCCAGAUAAGGAGGUGAAGCUUAUUGUCCUGCACUGGCUGACAGUGAUCUUCAUCAUUCUGGGGGCCCUCCUCCUGCUUCUGCUGAUUGGAGUGUGCUGGUGCCAGUGCUGUCCUCAGUAUUGCUGCUGCUACAUCCGCUGCCCCUGCUGUCCUGCCCGCUGCUGCUGCCCCGAGGAAGCCCUGGCCCGUCACCGCUACAUGAAGCAGGCUCAGGCCCUAGGCCCUCAGAUGAUGGAAAAACCUCUAUACUGGGGGGCGGACAGGAGCUCCCAGGUUUCAUCUUAUCCAAUGAACCCGCUGCUGCAGCGAGAUUUGUCCCUGCGAUCCAGCCUCCCACAGAUGCCAAUGACCCAGACCGCUGCCGCUCACCCUCCGGUCACCAAUGGUGUCUUAGAGUAUUUGGAGAAAGAGCUGCGGAACCUCAACCCAGCGCAGCCUCUGCCCCCUGACCUCAAAACCAUUUCUGGCCAAGCCUGCAGCAUGCUGUCCUCCCUGGGCUCUGAGGUCGUGGAGCGCAGAAUCAUCCACCUGCCCCCCCUGAUUAGAGACCUGCCACCGUCCUGGAGGACCAGCAGCUCCUCCCGCCAGCAGUGGCCCGCCCCCGGCGCCCCUGGACCCUGGGGUGUGAGCUCUGAUGUCCACCGCGAGCUCCAGGGCCGGGAGCCCAAGCGGCUUCGGAGGGGAAGGCACCCCUGCUCCAGGCCGCACGGGUCACACGCGCCCUGGUCGGACAGGGACAGCCUCGGCGACGGCCCCUCGUCCUGGGAGGCCCUGGGCCUGGGCCGCGGCCCCCGGGGGGAUGCCCAGCGGCCCCGGAGGCGCAGGCACCGCAGCUACUCCCCGCCCUCGCCUUCGGGCCUCAGUUCCUGGAGCUCGGAGGAGGAGGGGGAGGAGGGGGACAGGCGGCCCCGGGGCCGGGGGACCCCCUACAGCUCACAGGCCACCACCUGGGCCACCUGGGCCGAGGAGAAGCCGCCCAGCUACCGCUCCCUGGAUGUCCUGCCGGGCAGGAAGGGCAGGAGAGGAGGGAGCGUGGAGAGGCGCUCGGAGAGAGACAGCUCCCAUAGUGGAAGGAGUGUGGUCAUUUAGUCACCGGGCACAGCACUACUUUGGCUACUUCUCAGCUCCCGCAUAUCAUCAGCAUCACCUAGAUUUCCAGCUGACUUGGGAGGGACACUGCAACUUCUUAUUGAACAGCUUUGGCUUAGAUUCAGAGAACAAAAUAGAAGAAUAUUAAAAAAACAAGAGUUUGAGGAAUGAAUGACUAUAGUGUUAGCCUUGGUUCACACUCUGCACAUUUAGAGUAUCUGUCUUCUAAUGGACCCUAACUGGCAUGUGAUCCCUCAGGAACUCAGGAGCCCAAGUCUUCAAGUAGGUUACACAGGUCAACCAUGUCCAUUUUCAAAGUGAGAACUCAGGAAUCUUUAAGGAGAAACCAAACAUGUUUCAGGUGCCCGAAAUUUAUUGGAUACUCCAUGGAAAUUUCCAUGGGAACUUGUCUCUAUCUCUAUAGCAUACCUCCAUGUUAGGAGUACACCUUGCUGCAUUCAUGCCCAGUUCUGAGUGCUCCUAAGGAUCAAGUCAGAGAUGGCAUAGGAAAUACUCCAGCAAUGUGCUCCCUCAUGGGUUAUUUAUGCAAGUGUAGAAAAUCACUAAGAAGCACUUUUGCACCAAACUUAUCCCUAUCCCUUGUUUUCUUCUCGCUUUUUUUUUUUUUUUUUGGUCUACAUCUAAUUUAUAUAUUCAUAUAUAUUAUGUAUCCAUUCAAAUCAUUUUAAAUGCUUCUUGGGAACAAUUCAGUAUGUAAAUAAAUUAGAAAGAAAAUGUACUGGCCUAAGGGUUCUGCCCCAAAUAAAAAUUUACUUUGGUGCACUUGA